GCUAUCCUUUCCCCCCUCCCUCAGAACAGUCUGUAUAUCAAUUCUAUGCAUAACAAGUUGCCUUUAGUUUAUUCAAGAUAUGUAUUUUAGCAUUGCUGCCAAGACAGAGAUUAAGUAUGCAGUCGUCUGCAAAAGAGUGUAUGCUUCUGAUCAAACAUGUUCCUUUUUUUUUACCACAUGUCUUUUGUUACAUCCUACUGCCCGUGAUGACUUUCUUAGCAAUCAAAUGUAUUCAAUACAAAAGUAGUUAUGAGAAAUAUAGUGUGUAUCAUUUGACGGAGCAGUAGCAAUGCAUCAGCAUACAUAUAUGCCAUCUUGAGUUUUCAGCG